AUGGAAAACACCCCUUCAAUUCAUUUGACCCAAAACGAAGUCAUGACUGUCCUACAUUUUAAAUUAUCAACAAUAAUUAGAGUUGUAGGUGGAUGGGUUAGAGACAAAUUAUUAGGGAAAGAGUCUCAUGACAUUGACAUCACAGUUGACAAUAUGCAAUCUUAUCAAUUCUCACAAUACCUUCAAAAAUAUAUAAAUGAACACACACAACAUAACGUUAGUGGAAUUGGAGUAAUUCAUAAAAACCAUUCUGCUGGAAAACACCUUGAGACUGCAACAUUAAGAAUAGAUAAUAUUGCUAUUGAUAUAUGCCGUUUGAGAGCAUCAGAUUACUGUGAUAAUGAUGAGGAAAAAAUAGGUACACCUUUAGAAGAUGCACAGAGAAGAGACUUUACUAUCAACGCAAUGUUUUAUAGGGUAAAUGAUGACCAAAUAGAGGAUUUAACGGGAUGUGGAUUGAAUGAUUUAAAAAGUAGAAUUAUCAGAACACCAAUUUCACCCAAAGAGACAUUACAUGAUGAUCCAGCAAGAGCGUUAAGAGCAAUUCGAUUCAGUGGGAAGAUGGGAUUUGUGUUAGAUGAAGAGCUAGAACAAGAAAUGAAAACAAAAUACAUUGGAGAUAAAAUGACAAGUGGAUUGAGCCGAGAACGACUUGGACGUGAAUUAAUAGGAAUGAUACAAAGUGAUAGGCCAGCUUAUUGUAUAGAUCAAAUCAGACAAUUUGGGUAUUUUAAAGGACUUUUUGGUGAUUUAGAUGAAAUUACUACUACGAAUGUGGUUAGAAGUUAUGAAAUGUAUGCACAAAAAUUUGGAGCGUUUGAACUAGGAAGAAGAGAAAUAGGAUUUCUUGCGGCAUUGUUAUAUUCUGUUACAAGAGAAACAAAUCAGAAAAAGAGAAUGGCAAAAAUACAUUCUGUUAUUAUUGAUUCAUUAAAACUAAGUGUGAAAGAGAGAAAUAACAUAAUAUUAGUUCAUAAUGGAGUUAAAGAACUAGAGCAACUAUCAAACAAAAAAGAAUGGACAAGAGUAGAAGUAGGAAGGAUAGUUGUUGCUUCAGCAGAGUGGUGGAAAGAGUCUAUUUGUUUGUCAUGUGCAAUCCAUGCACCUUGUGAUGGGGUGUUAGUAAGUCCAUAUGACAAAGGAGUUAUGAACAAAACGAUGGUAGAGUGGUGUAACCUAUUACUCAACAAAAUUGCUUCAGAAGAAUUGGAAAAUAUUUGGCAAAUGAAGCCACUAGUUAAUGGUGAAGAGUGUAGCAAACUUUUACAAAGAAAAGGAGGUCCAUGGUUGAAAGAGAUCUUAAAAGAUAUGAUUGAACUUCAAAUAGAAAAGCCAAUGAUAACAAAGGAUGAGGUUGUAGUUUUUGUGUUAAAAUGGGGGCAAUGA